AUGAUUGACUCAAAACCUCUUAAUACUCAAAUCUCUUCAAGGUCAUCUUUAUCUCGCCAUGAUGUUGACACUCUUCCUGAACCAUUUCUGUAUCGCAACAUUAUUGGUGCUCUCCAAUAUUUGAUGCAUACUCGACCUGAACUAGCAUUUGCUAUCAACUGUGCCUGCCAAUUAAUGCAGUCUCCUACCACCACUCAUUGGUCUACAGUAAAAAGAACAGCUGGUUGUCUUGACGAUUGUCGCUCCACAACUGGCUACUGCAUAUUUCUUAGUGACAAUCUUAUCUCUUAG